UUUUUGGCCAAGUGACAUUUCUUUUCCUUCCAUUUCUCUUUGAACCAAGUAUUUCCUCCCAUUUAGGGACAUCGUCAGAUCUGGAACUGGGGGAGAGAGAGAGAGAGAUGGGUUACGUUGUGAGAGUGAGGUUAACAUCCUUCAUGGCGGGAGCUGCAAUGGCAUCAUUUGUGGGUCUGUACCUCCUUCACAAGGAUUUCAAGGAUGCCCACCACUCCAUAUCUCAAAAGAUGAAAGGAUUCCAUGAGUCUCUGGACGAGCGCAUAUCUGUUCUGGAAAAGUUGAAGAAAAUUGAAGCUCCACAGCCUGUCGAAGCAACAGAAUAGACUCGUGCUUUUGACGUUGUAGCUCCUCUUCAAGUAGGUUUUUUGCUUAUGAAAGUUAUAAUGUUGCCAAAUGAUAGGAUUCUCCUUUACAGUAGUAGUGGUGUUCAUUCAUAUUUGGAUAGCAAUGCAUCACAGGCUAGUUAUCUUAUUCAUCGCGUUUCAAUUUUCUAAUGGGAAUUGAAUAUUCCUUUGUGCUUUCUAUGGUUAUUGAAGGCACAUACACAACUCUUGGAAUAAAUUUGUUGCCGAAUAUGGACCCAUCGUUGUAAUUGAAUGGUUGCUUAUAGGAAUAACAGUUAAGAUAGAGAUUAUUUAUUUAUUUAUU